UUCUCAACGACAAGAAGAAGGGCAAGUCUUCAAUCCAAUCGCGGCCCCUGCAUCACUGACACUUUCCCAGGCUGCUUCCAAUGCUCUAAGCGGAGGAUAGUCUGCGACAACAGCGAUCCAACAUGUCUGAAGUGCCAGAAGAAAGGGAUCGAGUGCUCGGGCCCAGAGCGAAUUCGUUUUGCCGAAGGUGUUGCUCGUCGCGGCCAACUGAGAGGGAAAGCUAUUCCGGUGCUCUCGCCAGCGACAGAGACGCGCCCUCCUAGUUCGGCGCAAUGCAAAAUACGAUGGGCGAGCGACCGAUCGAAGCGCACCAAACAAAGACACGCCAAACGCACCGAACAGGCUGAUGGAGCGAUGGCACGUCCAGCAUCGAGAGAUACAAGCCCCACGGAUUGCAUUGUAUCCGUAUCAACUAGCCAACAGUCUACGGGCCCAAAUAUACGUAUAACUGGUCAUACUGGCAGUCAUGGUCCGGGCUGUGAAGACGCUUUCGAUGUAAUAUUACCAACGACAAUUCCAUAUUGGAUAGCUCCCGCGAAUCCUCACGCCCGGAUGCUAAUGUCGCACUUUGCUGACCAUGUGGCUCCCGUCAUGGUUGUCUUGGAUUCCAUAUCUAACGGCUAUAGGGACAUACUUCUCCCGAUUGCCUGUGAGAAUGAUCUCCUUCAGCGUGCCGUGGGAGUGGUCGCCGCUCAGCACCUGGCGACGUUUAAUCCUGUCUACCGAAGCGUCGCAGAUAAAGAUCGAGCCGCGGUAAUAUCUCAGCUUCGACGUGAGGCUUUCGAGGCUUCUCCCAAUCGCGUCUUCAACAAUUUGGUGACCUGGGCGACUCUGAUAGUUCUGCUAGUUGGGGAAACUAUCACAGGUAGCCCCGACUAUAGCCACUUGCUACAGACACUGUCGUGUCUCUUUCAGAAUAUCAGCCAUAUAGAUUCAUCCACUACACGUUUCUUAACGCAGCAGACACAUAUGUUUGAGUUCCUCGGCAAUCCUUUUCUAGGGGAGACCCGAGGAAUCAACGCCCUGCGCUCUAGUCCAUCCUCCUUGGACUAUUAUUUCGACUGGAUUGACUACGACCUUCCACCCGAAUCCGAGCACAACGUCGUCCUUCUUAAUCUCCGCAUGGCAAUUGUCAAGGCGUCACACAUCUACCUCGGCCGCACAGCCUCAAAUCGAGACCAAUGGAAGCUCCUCGAGAGUCUUAAGCAGCUGGUGGGUCAGAUUGCCCCGGACCAACCCGGAUCUCAUGCGCUCGUGUGGGUAUGCUUUAUCUGCGCGGCGGAUAGUACGGAUCCCGAGCAUCGGCAGUUUUUUGUGGACCGGAUGGAGAAGAUCUUCCACCAAACUAAGUUCAACAACAUCACUGCUGCGCUCGAUUCAUUGCCGAGAAUAUGGCGCCAGAUGGAGGCGGGUUCGUGGACAAAGAACCUGGCGCUAACAGUGCCCGCUCUGGUUAUGUGA